GAUGGUGACAGAUCGCAGUCAUCUACACACGUACAGUCUGUCCCCCUAUAUAAAACAAAAUAAUUAUUGAAUUUUAGUGUAUAUUUUUUUAUAUAAAUUUAAUAAAUCUUUUAUGAUGGCAAUGUCUUUACUUUUGAGAUCUGCUAAUAGUAGAAUUGCAUCACAAGCCUGCGCUUUAAGGGGCAUAAAACUUGGACCUGUCAUAUCUGCAACACGUUCUGUACUGUUGAAGGAAGCACAAUGUCUACAAAAACCUAUUGCACGCAACAUUUUCCUCACUCGCCCGGUGAAAGCUGCAGCUUGCGCUGAUCAUACACCGAUAUGGAAAGCUGAACGAAUUUUAUCUGGGGCUCUGCUUGCAGUAAUACCUUUGGCAUUAAUGUUUCCAAACCCCUGGUUAGAUUCAUUGAUGGCAGUUGCUUUAGUUGCACACAGUCAUUGGGGACUUGAAGCUUGUGUUACCGACUAUGUGAGGCCAAUUCUUUUUGGAAACACAAUUCCUAAAGUUGCACAUAUUGCUUUAAUUGCUUUGUCAGUAUUGACACUAGCUGGUCUUUUGUGCUUCAACAUGAACGACAUUGGAAUUUCGAGAGCAAUCAGACGUUUUUGGUCUAUCCAACCACCACAACCACCAAAGCCUUUUGAUCCAUGCGGCAGAGACAAGAGAUCGAUUACUUUUUAAGUUAAAGAAAUGAUGGUAGAUAUUAAACAUAAAUCAAAGCAAGAUGCCCAUAAAAAUAAAGUAACAAAUGUAAAGUAUUGUAAAUAUUUAUUUAUAACAAAAUUAUCACAAGAUUGAAUCUUAUUAACAAAAUACAUUUCAGCUGAUAUUA